AUGACUUUUAGACCAUCGGUUGUUUUCCGUGGCAGUUUUUUGGCCACCACAGGGAGACGCAAUGAGUCUAGAAGUCUUGGUUGUCAUCAAAAGUUUCUUCCGCUGGAAAUUCGGGGAUUGAAUGACUUUAAGCCCAGAGACAACAGACAUAUAUCUUUCAAAGAAAAACCGGUCAUUUUGCACGAAAAAUUCAACGAUCUUAUCGAUUGGACAAAUAUUUGGCCAGCUGCUGCUACAUUCCACCAUUCUAUUGUUCCCUUUAGAGUUCGUCAAGGAUUUUGUAAAAAUUUGUCAGAGAACGAAGGGUUGCCGCCUGAAAAGUACGCAAAUGCCGAACUGAUGAAAAUCCCCAACUUUUUACAUCUCACUCCCUCACACAUUAAAAAGCAUUGUGAUGCGUUAAAAAAGUUUUGCACCUUAUGGCCCUCUGGUUUAAGUUCAAAUGAAACAGUUGAGAAGCAUUACCCUGUUGUAAUAGUUAACCGCUCCUACGUAUUUACCUCUUCAAAUAUACGUGACCCUCGUUCCCGUGUUGUAACACUUCAGAUACGCCUUUCUAACCUUUCUUUGGACGAACAUGCUAGACGAAAGCUUUUACGGCUUGCGAUAGGUCCUGGUCCAGGUCGCAAUAUUGCAACAUAUGACUGGAAUACAGAUAUUUUAGAGUUAACCUCAGAGAGGUGUCCAACAUCAAAGCAGAACUCCGAUUUUUUAAUAUAUUUAUUGACAGUUCUUACUAUGGAAUCAAAAAAAACUGAAAAAUGGGAAAUAGAUAAUCCGGAAUAUGAUUGGGUACAAUUUGAUUGGGAUAAAAGUGAAACACGCCGUCGUCUUUUCAACUUACUUUCAUUGUGCAAUAGUGAACAAGCUAUCAAAAAGAAUCAAACAAAAGAAAGUGAUUUCACGGCCGAACUUGAAUCUAAUCCUGCAGUUGUACAGUAUCGAAAAGCAUUAAAAUCUAUAUGGUCUAAAAACGAUAUACUCAAUGGUGACCAAUGGGUUAAACGACCUGAUCCACCUAAAUAUCGACAUGGUCGUCUCCGACCUAUUCGAAAUAUACCAUUCGUGACGGUACCGGGUGCAGAUGAAAUAAAUAAUUUGAAAGAAUACGCCUUAGCAACACGAAAUUUAUUUGGUUUAAAUAGUGAAAUACAACAGUCAAAUUUGUAG